UAAACGGUCUCAAGCAGCACUCAAGUCUCAUCGAGCACAUCUUCUGUUGGGCUCAUGAAAUGGAUUCGAUCUAUGAAAAUUCAGCCAUCAUACUUGAGGCAGUUGCUUCAGAUGAAAAGCGCCCUCAGUGCGACGGUAACACCAACAAAGAGCAAAAAAGAGAGAAGGAAGUUUGUCCCUCUAAAUGGAUCAAAGUUUUUAUGUUUGUUUUUGCCGUCUGUUUCUCUUUGGCCCUUGGGGGUCUCUGUAUUCUAGGGAUCCUGUAUCUCAGAGUUUCAUUGCAGUCUGCAAAUUCCAAAAAAGAGUUUGAAGUGCUCCGCAACCAUCACGAGGAAGCACUUAGAAAGCUGAACAGAUUUAGUAACAGCACAGGUUGUCCACUUUGCGCCGUCCACUGGAUUCAUUCUGAAGCAAAGUGUUACUACUUCUCUACGGUCAAGAAGAACUGGACGCAGAGUCGAGAUCAAUGUGUGACUCUUGGAGGACAUCUAGUGAUGAUAAACAGCAAAGAAGAGCAGGAUUUUGUAACCUCUAAUGUUAAAGAGACUCACUGGAUUGGUCUAAAUGAUUUGGACACUGAGGGUCACUGGGUUUGGGUGAACAGCCAGCCACUUAACAAUUCACUACAAUUCUGGAUGAAACGUAAAAAUGAAAUCAGUGAGCCUGAUAACUGGACUAAAGAACAUCCUGAUGGUGAGGACUGUGCCGGUCUGGGACACGUAAACGGAGAGACAGAUUUGUGGACGGAUGCUUACUGUUUUGAAGAGAAAAGAUUUGUGUGUGAAGUUGCUGCAGCUGUGUAAUUCACAAUCUUCUGUUCCUGAGCCGUUAACCUUGUUCAUUACAAAUAAGAUUUGAAGGAUUCUUCGUGUUCAAAUACUGCACCGAUUAAAAUACAGAGUUCUGGCAUGAAUCUUUAAAUAGUGCAGCUAUGUAUGUGCAGCAGCAGUAUUUCUUACAUGCUCAGCAGCAUGUUGCUUUAUAGGGAGUAGAAAGUCUUGCUACUUGCUCUUGGAAAUAUUCUGCAAAGACCAAAUACAUGUCAUUUUCAUGUAUAUUGCCACGCCAAUACCUUCAUGAUUGAGGUCUAAUUCAUUUGUUCAUUUGUAGUGCUGUACUUCUCAAAAGCACUAUACAGUACGUAUACAGUAGACUAGUAGUAAUUAAUUUUUUACAAUAUACUUAUAGACUUAUGAAGCCUUUAUGAACAACUUCACUAAAAACAUCCAACACAUGUAGCUUAUUAACUUAUUAAAUUACUGAUGACGUAUGCGAUUACUGAAUACUGAAUCGUUUUACAAAUGCUCUCUAUACAAAGUUAAUACAAAGUUUUAUAAUUAUAUAAAUAUAGGUUUUUAAUUUAUCAACAAAAAUAUAUACAAAAAUAAUACUACUCAUAUGUAUACUGUAGUCUAUAUUUUACUUUACAUGUAGUAUUGUAAUAAGAGUUCUGCAUUGAUUAUUAUUCAUAAAGUGAAACAUUAAUACUUUUACACUGUAUAUAAAUGCACUUCAAAUAAAUUAAAACAAAAGAUUAAAUCUCUAUAGUACUGACUGU